CCUUAACCCAUUUUCCCCUCCAUCCCCUAUAAAUUUCCCUUCUCUCCCUUUCCUCUCUCUCUCACCCUAAUUUUUCCCAUUCUCUCAAUUUCCCCCCCUCUUCUUUUCUUAUUUUACCAUAAUGGCCCUUUCCGGUUUCGAAGGCUUCGAAAAACGCUUAGAACUCAAUUUCUCCGGCGACGACCCAAUUUUCUCCAACAUGGGCCUCCGCCAACUCCCCUUUGAUUCUCUACAACAAGUCCUACACGAAGUCCAAUGCACCGUCGUCUCCGCCGUUGGUAACCAUUACUUUGACGCCUACGUUUUAUCCGAAUCAAGCCUUUUCGUUUACCCAACCAAAAUCAUCAUCAAAACCUGUGGGACCACUCAACUACUCAAAUCCAUCCGUCCAUUAAUCCAUCACGCUCUUAAUCUCAACCUUACACUUGUCUCCUGUUGUUACACUCGCGGUAACUUUAUCUUUCCUCUAUCACAGCCUUUCCCGCACACUUCCUUUCACGAAGAAGUUGUGUACUUAGAAAAUUCCCUUCCUAACCAUCUCUGUUACCGUAAAGCUUCCGUUAUGCCUUCUAAUCUCCUCCCCUCACAUGCUUGGCACGUGUUCUCUGCUUGUGAUCAAACUCGUUUCGUUCAUUUCUCGAGUGAUUUUUACACCGUCGAAGUUUGUAUGACGGAGCUUGAUCGGAAUUUGGCUAGGAAGUUUUUCCGUCGUCCUGGUGAUGGGAAAUCCGGCGAUGCUGCUGGAAAAGAGAUGACGGAAAUUUCUGGGAUUAAUAAGAUUAAUCCUAAUGCUCUUGUUUGUGAUUUUGCUUUUGAUCCUUGUGGUUACUCGAUGAAUGGAAUCGACGGUGAUCGGUAUUCCACGAUUCAUGUUACGCCGGAGGACGGGUAUAGUUAUGCUAGUUUUGAAUGUAUUGGUUCGAUUUACGACGGCGAUGAUUUGGUUCGGACGUUGAAGAGGGCGGUGCAGGUUUUCCGGCCGGCGAAAGUGUCGGUGUCGACGACUACGGCAUCGAAUCGGGUUUGGGCGAGGGUGGCCGGAGCGUUGGAGCCACUUGGGUUGAAAUGUCGGAGUUGUACGGCGGAUGAGUUUCCGGCACUCGGAAGCGUUGUGUUUCAGACAUUCACCGCUCGCCGGAAAAAGACAGGGGAAUGCGGCGGCGCGCGGUAGAUAAAAAGAAAUAUUCUAGUCAGGGAGUUAGAUGGAAUUAUAAUUAUGUAGGCCACGUGGCAAAAGGGAAGAUGAUGAUGAUGUGGAGGAAUUCAAUUGGUUAAUGAGAGUGAAUGAAAUGUGGGGUUGACUUGUUUUUUUUUUUUUCAAUUUCUUUUUCCUCUUCUCUUUUCAAUUAAAAAAAAUCAAAAAAAUGAGGAGAGAGAUAUAGGGAUGAUGACGUGGAAGUAGCCAGAAGCUUGGGGGGGCUUGAAAAGAAAAAAAGAAAAAAAAAAAAAAAACAUAAAAACAGAGAGAUCAUAAAUAUCAUGAUAAUGCACCCCACUUAGGCUUGUCACGCCUAAGAUUUUUGAAGCAUUUUGUGUAGUGGAGGAAAAAAAAAAAGGAAAAAAGAUUUUAGAAACUUGAGAUUCAAA